AUGUACCAGUUAGAUGAAAUGCUAGAUGGAGAGGUUAGUAGUGACCUUGGCAGCUUGGUCAUCGACUAUCUCUUGCUUGAUGAGAGUGUUGAGGCUGUAAUACAAGUCUCUGCAAAGAUUGACUGCCCUCAUCAUAUGAGAUUCACUGCAUUCACUAGUGGCUUUGAUGGUGAGAUUGUGCUGUUUGACGAUAAGUUCUCUGGGAAUGGAAAACUGUUCCAGUAUGUUGUCGCGGUGAAGGCUGAGGGGAAAUUGGACAUUUGCUUAAAAUUGGAGGAAUCAUUGUUUUGGUGGACUUUCCAGGAAGGAGCUGUUGGAGCUGUUAGGUUCCCUGAUGACUCGGUUUUGAAUUACGGGCAGUUUGAGGUGACGGUGCUUUUUGCUCCUAAGAACUUUACAAUGGCUGGCUGA